GGGGACGGGGACACGUACGCUCGCCUCCCCUCCAUUUCUCACGGAGCGAGCGAACGCGCCAGCCAUGAAGACCACCUCGUCGCACGGGCUCCACGGCGCGUCGCUCUGCACGCCGUACCUCCUCCUCGUGCCGCUCGGCCUGCUCGCCGUGCUGCUCGUGCUCCCGAGCCUCGGCUCCUCCAACGCCCGCUCCGACGGCCUCGGCGUGCUCUGCGGCGGCGCGGGCGCCGACGGCUACUCCGUCUCCUCGGGGGCCGACGAGAGCAAGGCCUCGGCGCCGCCGCCGCGGCGGGCGGAGUUGUUCAGCCUGCUCGUGGGCGUCCUGACCAUGCCGAACCGGCGGGAGCGGCGGGACAUCGUGCGGAUGGCCUACGCGCUGCAGCCGCCGGCGCCGCCCGGCGUGGCGCGCGUGGACGUCCGCUUCGUGUUCUGCAGCGUGACCGACCCCGUGGAGGCGGCGCUGGUGGCGGUGGAGGCCCGGCGGCACGGCGACAUCCUGGUGCUCAACUGCACCGAGAACAUGAACGACGGCAAGACGCACGCGUACCUCUCCUCGGUGCCGCGCCUCUUCGCGUCGGCCCCCUACGACUACGUGAUGAAGACCGACGACGACACGUACCUGCGCGUGGCGGCGCUCGCCGAGGAGCUCCGCGGCAAGCCCCGCGACGACGUCUACCUCGGCCACGGCUUCGCCGUCGGGGACGACCCCAUGCCGUUCAUGCACGGGAUGGGGUACGUCGUGUCGUGGGACGUGGCGCGGUGGGUGUCCACCAACGAGGAGAUCCUGCGCCACAACGACACGCACGGGCCCGAGGACCUGCUCGUCGGCAAGUGGCUCAACAUUGGCGGCAAGGGGAGGAACCGGUACAGCCUCAAGCCCCGGAUGUACGACCUCAACUGGUUCAUGGACAACUUCCGGCCGGACACCAUCGCCGUGCACAUGCUCAAGGACAACCGCCGGUGGGCGGCGGCGUUCAGGUACUUCAACGUCACCGCCGGGAUCAAGCCCUCCGACCUGUACCAUCUGCCGUGAUCGAGCAGCUAAGCUGUUUAAUUUUAUCCCCUUCAUUUUUGGUGUAUUUCCUGAGGUGACGUUGGUUGAUUGUACCAAGGUGGGGCACGCAGUUCACAUUCAUUCAUUGUAUUUAUUGUUAUUAUAUUGGCCGUCUGAUUGGGCAUCGUCAAUGCGCCCAAGCUGA